AUGACCUUCCCUCCCCCUCCCCCUUCCUCCCAAUCGUCGAUUGCUUCUGGCACCGAUAAGUCCUCUUCUUCGACCAGGCCGGGAAGGUCACAGCAAUCUGCUUGGGGUUCAUCCGCGUCCCAGUCCAACGUUCGCCGGGGACUGACUCCGCUUGCGACCAACAACCUCGCAUCGACAUCGAUAUCAUCUGCCUCUUCCCGCGGGCCACCCCAGUCUAGUAGUCCUGGUCCAGGUGGUUCGACCUCGUCUCCUCUCACUUCCUCCUUCUCUGCCGUGUUGAGUUCCGCACGAGGCCAUCAAGUCGGCCGCAACGUUCCCUCGCCUGCCUCCACACCGUCGCCUUUCACCUCCCUACAAUCUGGAUCGCAACAACAUCAGCAACCCGGACAAUCACUCUCUUCUCCUAAAUUCCGAGCGCACACCCCAUCUUCAGGGUCACAUCUGGCUUCCGCAGCGGGUUCUGUCACGGGUGGAGGAGGCUCCGGGGGAGGCGGAGGUGGGACGGGAUCUUCCAGAGGCGCCACCUUCUCUCCGUUGUUAUCGGGAACAACCGUGAAUUCACCCACGGGCUUCUCUGACAAACCGGGCUCGGCUGCUUCAGGAGCAGCGGCUCACGCAAGCCAGUCGUCGUUGACGAAGAUAUCGAUCGCCCAGGUUUUCCUUCUUCUGGAUUCUAUCACAGAGAAAGAAGGUCGAGAGAAGUGGGAGACAAAAGCUGCUCAGAUUCAUAAACUCGUCGAGUCCAACGGCAUGGAGGUUUUCUCCAAGUACUUCCGGCGCCUUCUCACAGGCAAUGCCCCGCAGAUAUUCCCAGGCGUGAAUAAGUCGGUGGAAAAUGCAGGGAACUACCCACUUCUCGUUCAGGAGAUGCAGAAAGUAUCGCAAGAUAAAGAACAGGCCUAUAAAAUUGCAGAGACGGUUGAUGCAUCGGAGGGCGACAUCUUCCGCGACUUCGACCUAUCCACCUUCCUGGACCACUUCAAGCUUGACUCCGUGGUGAAGGUGUCUCUUGCUCUUGCCUUCAAGACAGCGAACAAGUCGGACCUGCGUGCCAAGGCCGAUGCCAUCCUUUCGAACAAUGCCAUCCCCUUCCUGCAAAGCCUUGCGUCGCCGUCAGAUAUUACGAAGGAAUACAAGGACUCCUUUAUCGGCAUGACGAUCGAGCGCUUCAUCCUAUACCCCCCGCGCAAUUUCACCGAUGAUGUGAAGGCAAAACUUGUGUAUGCAGCCAACUUGCGAUAUCAAAAACUGAACCUCGAUGUGCCUUUCGAGGUCGCGUCCGCGUUGCAAAUGUUCAAUUUCACCAACCCACGUUAUACGUUAGUACGCCAACUUCAUGCGAAAGGACCGAAGGCAACCUCCAACCCCGACGCGGUGAGCGAGGUGAUUAGCUUGGCUGGCUCCGAAUGCUGGAAUGAGGAACAUAUUGCCAGUGCUCUUCUCUUCCUUGUUCUCUCUCAGUAUUGGAAGGAGUUCUCUCUGGAGACAUUCCUUGCUGCUGUGAAGGCGCAUUAUGGCGAAAAGCAAAUCAGCUGGCCCCUCAUAUUCAGGAACUUUGAUCGUGAAGGCCUGAGGCUGGAUGCUCGACAGUUCGCCAGGCUUUACUCGGUCAUUUUGACAGCUGCAUCCGAUGAUUCUACAUUGGAUAUCCAGAAGCUGUGGGGUGGUGAUUGGGAACAUCGAGACACGCAGCUGUCGUUCCUCACAGCUCUCAUCGUCUCACGAACGGAUGUAUCGCAGAUCCCUAGCCUUCGAGCCACUUUCCCCCAUGACUUCUUCGCAGACGGCCCGGAGCUCGUUCGCCUGCAAGGGGAACGGGCGGCAAAAUCACCUCUGCGGUCUCUUGAUGCAAUGAGGGCCAUCUUUGACCUGGCGCUGUUUUCACAGGCCUCAUGGGCUGCUGCUGAAAGCCAAUUGCUCAUCAAGGCGGUCGUGCAGUAUGACUUGCCAGUUUUCCUAUGCUCGGCACUGGCCCUUCCCCAGCCUUGGACAAGCGUUCAGCAAAGCUUUGUUCUGCGAACGCUGAUUGUUUUCAUCUCAAAACAAGAGGAGGGGUAUCAGCUCGCUCUUCAUGGGGCGUGGCAUCAAGAUAAGCAAUGGGUAUCGGAGCAACUCUUUACUACAUUCACUCAAGACCCAACAUCUACCGCCACCAUUUAUGAGCAUGCAGCUGAAUACAACUGGCUGGAUUAUCUCCUGAGAUACACCAACGGCCUUGCCAUGGAUCUCGCUUGCUAUGCUCACCGCAAGGGGCCAUUUGAUCUGGAGCAAUGGGUUCGUAAUGCUGCGCAGAAGGGACCUAUGGACAUGGGUAGUCUGCUGUCAAAAUUCUUGAGAAUCAAGGCUGAAGACGAACUGCACGUCCAGAGAAAGGAGCAAUCCGUUCCUCAGAUGGUCAGUUUAUCAGUGAAGACGGUAUAUACUUUAUUAUCAGUCCUUGAAGAAUACGUCGGAGACCGCGAAAAUCUUACUCCCGUGCAACGAAUUUGCAUCCAGACCUACCCCCGACUGAUCAACUAUGGGGAAGGGUACGAUGAUAUUAUCGAUGCAAAUGGCGAAGGUGGAAAUUCUCUACCUGAGGCCGUUGACAAGCAAAUGCAAGAACUUUUCGGCAAGAUGUACCAUGAAGAGUUGUCGUUGAGAGAGAUUCUUGAGUUGAUGAGACGGUACAAGUCCUCGCGCGAACCUGGUGAACAAGACCUAUUUGCGUGUAUGGUUCAUGGACUUAUUGAUGAGUAUCAUUGCUACCACGAAUACCCAUUGGAGGCCUUAACCAAGACCGCCGUCAUGUUUGGUGGUAUCAUCAAUUUCCGUCUUGUUGAUGGUAUUACGCUGAAGGUAGGCCUUGGUAUGAUUCUUGAGGCUGUCCGAGAACAUGAGGUACACGAUCCGAUGUACAAGUUCGGCGUUGAAGCUAUUGAGCAAUUGAUCGGCCGGCUGUCCGAAUGGGCCGGCUUUUGCCAUCUCUUGCUUCAGAUCCCGAGCCUGCAGGGCACGCCAAUCUUCCAGAAGGCCGAAGAAGUGUUGCAGGAGCAAGGAAACCAAGUGAGAGAUUCUGAACCCGCGCGUCUAGACAAUGUAUCCGCCUCGUCAUUGGCCAAUGGAAACAUCGACGAGGCGGCAGGUACGGAAGGACCCGGGCGCAAGUUUGUUUCUGUUCACGUUGACGCGCCUCUGCGACCCGACGUCUAUCAGAAUCCUGACGAGGACAUCCAAGACAAGAUUUUGUUUGUCCUGAACAAUGUGUCAGAGCAGAACAUAGAGGAAAAGCUGCGGGAUCUCACUGAUGUUCUUCGUGACCAGCAUCACCAAUGGUUUGCUUCUUACCUAGUGGAAGAGCGUGCAAAAUUGCAACCAAAUUUCCAACAGCUAUAUCUGGACCUCCUCGACCGCAUCAACGAUAGGGUUCUCUGGGCGGAGAUUCUCCGAGAAACCUACGUUAGCGUCUCCAAGUUGCUCAAUUCGGAGGCGACGCUAAAUUCUUCGACUGAACGUGGUCAUUUGAAAAACCUCGGAUCUUGGCUUGGAUCCUUGACCAUUGCCAAGGACAAGCCUGUCAAGCAUAAGAAUGUCUACUUCAAGGGACUCCUGCUAGAAGGAUUCGACAGCCAACGUCUGACUAUCGUCAUCCCGUUUACUUGUAAGGUGUUGGUACAGGCUACGAAAUCCACCGUUUUUAAUCCCCCAAACCCUUGGUUGAUGGAUGUUCUGGCUCUGUUGAUGGAACUCUAUCAUUUUGCGGAAUUGAAAUUAAAUCUCAAGUUUGAAAUUGAGGUUUUGUGCAAAGACCUUGACCUUGACCACAAAGUGAUCGAACCCUCAGUGAUCAUUCGGGACCGUUCAGCGCACAUUGAAGACGCCCUCUCGACGGCAAAUAUUCCGGAUGGCCUUGAAACUUUUGAAGAUAUGCCUCUUACUGGCAUCAAUCAAGGUAUCCGAAACGAGAGGCUGUCGCCUGCUGCGAUCUUGUCAACACUUCCGAGCCUUGAUAAGAUUCUUGUUCUGCCGUCAUCGGCAAGCAGCAUGGUCGAUGCGAAUGUUCUUCGGCAAAUUGUUCACACCGCCGUGGAGCGUGCUAUUGCAGAGAUCAUCACACCUGUGGUGGAACGGUCCGUGACCAUCGCUUCGAUCUCCACCGUUCAACUCGUCUCAAAGGACUUUGCCAUGGAGCCGGACGAGGAGAAGGUUCGUCAUGCAGCUGGCAUCAUGGUCAGGCAACUUGCUGGAAGCUUAGCUCUUGUAACUUGCAAGGAGCCUCUUAAAGUUAGUAUGACCAACUACAUUCGAAUGAUUCAGCAAGAGUAUUCAGACCAGCCCAUGCCUGAGGGUUUGAUUUUGAUGUGUGUCAACGACAACCUCGAUGCCGCCUGCGGUAUCGUCGAGAAAGCAGCAGAGGAGAAGUCAUUCCCCGAGAUCGAAAAGGUAAUCGAGCCGCAACUAGAAGCCCGUCGGCGCCAUCGUGCGGCUCGUCCUAAUGAGCCGUUCAUCGACCCAUCCAUGAAUCGCUGGGGCUUAUUCAUUCCUGAGCCUUAUCGCCAAGCACCGGGUGGACUUAACAAGGAACAGCUGGCUAUAUAUGAGGAUUUUGCACGCCAAUCUCGAGGGACGGGGACAGCCCAUGCACAAAAUGUGUCCACUGAUUCCAGCCGACAACUUCAAGAUGUUCUUCCAGAGCCUUACCCCCCUCCGAUUCCUAACCUUUCGACUCCAGCGGAGCAACCUGCUGUACCGCACCGCACGCCCCAGGCGCAACAGGAUGCUCGGCUACAGCAGUCCGGCAUCGUCGGCGCACCGUCUCAACUCAACGGAUUUCUGGAUUCGCAGAAUCCACGCGAAAAGGUUGAGAAUAUCGUGGCAGAACUUCAACAGGCAGCUCGGGUUGCAACCGAAGAACGCGUCCGAGAUCUCGGCAGAGACAGUGCCGUCCUGCAAGAAUACAACCAGGCAUUGCGCUCUAUUGUUGCCUCUCCAAACGGUGAAGAACUGGCGAGAUUGACUUCCCUUAAGAUCUGCACAGCCUUGUACGCACAAAGUCAGGCUACGCUAGAAGUUGAAGUCCUCGUGCACCUUCUCGCAAAAUUAUGCGAUAUGUCCACCCUAGUUGCCCGUUAUACGUGGACUGUACUGUCUGAAGUGGAAGACGAACAUAUGUUUAACGUUCCGGUCUCUGUUGCUCUCAUCGACGCCGGUCUGUUGGAUAUUCGACGUGUCGAUAUGAUUCUUACCAGACUCAUCCUUCAAAGGUCCACGGGCUCCCUCGACUUGCUUGCUAGUCUUAUGGACCGAGUGCUCUUUAGUGAGGAGCCCUCUGCCCUGAGAUCUGAUUUCUCGGGCAGUCUUGAAGCAAUGAGCCAAUGGCUUGCGGAGGACUCCAGCCUUUCAACCGCCAAUGAAAUCAUUCGCAAGUUGCGUGAAUCUGGAAUCCCCGAGGUUGCCAACCCUUUCCUCACCGAUAAGGCAAUGGCCAAACGUGACCAAAUGGAAUACAUCUUCACUGAAUGGAUUGGGAUCUAUAAAGCCCCGGGUGCCGUUGACCGCACUUACUACUCGUUCCUAAAAGAUAUUCACCAGAGACAGGUCAUGGACAACCAAGAGGAUUCAGCCCUUUUCUUCCGUCUCAGCAUUGACAUCUCCGUCGCCAUGUUCGAGCAUGAAUCGCAGAACCCCAAUGGCAGCCUCGACGAAGCCUUCCUUUACAUCGAUGCUCUUGGCAAAUUGGUCAUCUUGCUCGUUAAGUUCCAGAGCGAUAACGAGGUUUCUCCGAAGACUAAUAAGGCGGUAUACUUCAACUCGAUCCUGUCGCUACUUGUCCUCGUCCUUAACCACCACCACGUUAUGCGGGGAGAAGCUUUCAACCAGCGUGUGUUCUUCAGACUCUUCUCCAGCAUCUUAUGCGAAUACUCCAUGAAUGGUCUUCAACAGAGUGACCAGCACCAGGAAAUGAUGUUCGCCUUGGCCAACAAGCUUUUGUCUCUUGAGCCCAAAUACUGCCCUGCGUUUGUCUAUGGAUGGCUCUCCUUGGUGUCUCACAGAUUCUUCAUGUCUGGCAUGCUGAAUAUGCCGGACCGAGCGGGUUGGGGCCCUUACUGUGAAAUCAUGCAAGCUCUUCUCUCGUACAUUGGCGAGCAGCUCAAACCGGCCAGCAUUUCAUAUGUCGCUAAGGAUCUGUAUAAGGGGGUGCUUCGUGUCUUACUCAUCCUGCAUCAUGACUUUCCCGAGUUUGUGGCGGAGAAUCAUUUCGAGUUCUGCAACGUCAUUCCCGCCCACUGUGCUCAGCUGCGGAACCUUGUCCUGAGCGCCUACCCAUCAUCUUUCCAUAAGCUCCCUGAUCCUUUUAGAGAGGGGUUGAAAGUUGAACGUCUGGAAGAGAUGCGCGAAGCCCCACGGAUUGCCGGCGACACCGCUGCUCCUUUGGAGCAGGCCAACAUCAAAAGUGUUGUAGACUGUGCUCUGCAGAGCUCCAGCACUUCGGAAUCCAUUGUCCAACAGAUAUGUGACGCGAUCUAUGACCCCAGCAGCAAAGAGACUGGCCUUUUCUAUGCCCCGGUUAACGUCAAUGUCGUGCUCGUGAACGCGCUGGUGCUAUACAUCGGUCAGGGCGCCGUCUCCGCCAACGCACCGAAAGGCAACACCCGCGCGGCAUUUGAUAAUUCAGCGCACUCCGCGCUUCUGGAGACGCUGGCGAAGAUUCUCCGGCCGGAAGCGCGCUAUUACCUUCUUAGCGCCAUGGCCAACCAGCUGCGAUAUCCCAACAGCCACACCUACUUCUUUAGUUUUGCUAUCCUUCGUCUCUUUGGUGCGGAUAACUCGGAACAGGAUGAAUCCGACAUCCGCCAACAAAUCAUCCGAGUUCUUCUCGAACGGUUGAUCGUCCAUCGCCCUCACCCUUGGGGACUGAUUAUUACGCUGCAGGAGCUGCUUCAAAACCGAAGCUAUACCUUCUUCCGCCUCCCCUUUAUCCAGGCUGCGCCUGAGUACAGUAGUAACAGAGAUGCCGAGGCUGUCGGGGGUGCUGGCCUGAGGCUGCCAAGUGACGUCGACGCGACCCGCUUUGUCUGUUGUCUUCGUCCCGCUCUCUGCCAACACUCUUCCUUCUCCCCAGCCUGGGAAUCAACCUCGACUGGCCUCGCCAUGGAUACGAAACAGGGGCAAUCUGAUGGCGAAGCCAAUGAAGAAACAACCUUCAUAUCCAAGGCUUUUGGCACGUCGGCCGCAUUUAUUCGGCCCUUGAUUUCGAAGCGGGCGCAAAAGGCAUACCUGGGGACGCUGCUCCUGUUUCUUUCCGCUAUUUGCAUGGCCCUCAUUUCAAUAUUUGCGUACGGCAUAUUCUACUAUAGAAUCAUUCCGCAGGUCGACUUGGAACGCGUGGUACAUCUACAAUUUGGCGAUGGACAUCCUUGGGGUACGACUUCUCUCGGUUCCGGGCUCAUCUCCCUUCAACAGUACGACGUCAGCGUUGAGCUGGAAUUGCCGCGCACCCCUUCCAAUCUUGAUACCGGAAACUUUAUGCUCGACUUGACAUUAAUCCCGAAUCCUUCAUCACCCAUUCUGGACAGUGCGAACGCGUCCACCGACUCUUCUUUGCGAUCCCGUCGACCUGCCAUCCUGACGUAUUCGUCACCUUUGAUAGACACUGCCAGCAAGCUGUCGUUUAUGCCCUUCUAUGUGCUGGGCUGGCAACGGGAAUCCGAAAAGCUGCAGGUACCUAUGAUGGAACGAGUGCAGUUCGCUCGGGGACGGCGCAGCAUUCCAGAAAGUCUUCGUUUGGAGAUCCAUAGUCAACAGCAAAUGCAGGUGUACAAGGCAAAAGUGGCAUUUAGGGCUAGGUUUACUGGAAUGCGGUGGCUGAUGUACAAUUGGAAAAUCACAUCGUUCUUUGUUUUUACCUUUAUGUUUUGGAGCAUCUCCAUGGUCUCUGCAACGAUCAUGUGGCUUACACUGGCUACCCUUGCCAACAUUGGUGAAGACAAUAAGGUGGCAGCGAAGAAGGAGGAUCGCGACGACACCCGGAUCAAGCAGGAGCCCCUUGAGGAGUCGACGUCGCCGUUGGGGAGCUCUCUGGAUACAUCCCACGACCAACCCGAGCGGAGUAUUAAAAAAGAGAAGGAGUAUCAGGCCGACGAUGAAAGCGACGGAUCAUCAGAGAACCGAGCGUCCGGAGCCGGGUCCGGAUUGGAGAGUUCGAGGGCGCAGGGGGUUCAACGACGAAGACGCCAUUUGUACGGGGAUGACGAUUUCCACUAG